AUGGCCCUGCAGCAGCGGCAGCCGCCGCCGCAAUAUCCCUCGACGCCGCUUUCCUUGGGCAGUUCUGCUGCGCAGUCUCCUUACAUCCACAGCAUGCCCGCCUGGGUGCUGGAGGAUUUCUGCCAGAAGAUGGACUGCCUCAACGACUACGACUGGAUGCGCUUUGGUGAGCCCGGGAUCUCGUCGCCUGGCGGGUGGGGGAGCAGCAGCGCCGGGUUUGGGAGUCCCUGGGCAACUUUUUGGGCCCGUCGGAUGUUGUGGGACUUCAGCUCCCAUCGGCGGGAGCGAGUUCAGGGAUGUGGCCCAGUAAGAGCAGUGGGGGGGAUCACACCCGGAGCCCCCGGUGGUGGAGGGAGUGCUGGUUUUAAGGAGAUAGAUAGACGGUUAGAUCUAUGACAAGCACAGGUGUCCCUAUGUUUUAGCUGAACCCUGAAUCAACUCUAUCCCAGGGACCCUUCUCCUCCCAAAAGCCACAGCUUUGAUAGCACCGGUAGAGUUCACAAGCUGCUGGGUCUGAUUCAAGGCUUGUGAACUCUACCGGUGCUAUGAAACUUGUUGCUUCUUGGAUAAAAAAGGGUCCCAGGGAUAGUUGAUUCAGGGUUCAGCUAAAACAUAGGGACACCUGCACUUGUCAUAUGGAAGGUGAAAGGACAGCGCUUGCCAGUAGGGGAACCUGUGGCAGCCCUUCAUACUUCACUGAAGCACUUAUGUCCGGCACUUGAGAACUCCACACAUCAUACAGGCCCCAGAUUUAUGGAUUAAACUGUGCACUGUCACAUUAAACUCUGUAAUCGAACGUUAGGAUAGACAUUGGUUGAGUUAGCUUUCCAAAGCAUCAAAGCAUAUUACGAGGCGACUGAUAAAACAAUUUUUUCAAAGAAGUACAUGCAUUUAAAAUAUAACUUGAAAGCACUGUUAAAACAUCUUCUGGCAAAAUAAUUCAUCUGAAGCAUUUUUAAAGCUAUAGUGCAUUUAUCCAACUUGUCAAGUCCUUCCAUGCUCUGUUCCUGCCCUCUGUACGCAAUUCUUACUGCUCUUGCCCUGCACCUGAACAUUACUGCUAAACAGCAGCUAUUGGUGGUCAGUGUCCUGUGUUUUAGUACUUCCCAAUCCCUGGCAUCUCCAGGUAGAGCUGGGAAAGGUUCUGUCUUGCCUGGAAUCCUGGAGAGCUGUCGGUCAGUAUAUACUGACUGGUGUGACGGAUAGAUGGCACUGGGCUGGAUGGAGUGAUGGGCCGACUUGGUGUGAAGCCACUUUUUCUGCCUGGCUGUGGAGGAAGGGAUAUUGGUGUGGAAAAGAUGGAUACAGAGACAGCUUCAUAGAACUGUAGAGUUGGAAGGGACCAUGAGGGUCAUCUAGUUCAACCCCCUGCAAUGCAGGAAUCUUUUGCCCAAUGUGAGGCUUAAACCCACAACCCUGAGAUUAAGAGUCUUAUGCUCUGUUGACUGAGCCACAGUUUCCUCAUCCCACUCUCCUAAGACUACAAACUCAGGGUCAUCCAAUGGAAAUUAUAGGCAGUAGAUUCAGGACAGAUGAGAGAAAAUACUGCUUCUUUCCACAACACAUAAGUAAAUAUAUGGAUCUUCUGCCCCAAGACUAUUACACCUUUAAAAUAUUAGACACAGUGGUGUCCAGUACAGGUAGAAUAAAGUCUCUGAACACCAGCUGCUGGGGAAUAACAGUGUGAGAGCUGUGACCGUAAGUCCUUUUUAUGGGCUUCCGGGAAGUGUCUGGCUGACCAUCAAAGGAAGUGUGAUGCAGAACUCGAGAGACCCUUGACACUGUUGUGCAAUAUUGCGAAGGAGCACUGAUGUAAUCUAAUGCUGACAGCCUGCUCUGGCUAAACUAUAUUAUUUAUCACAUGCCCUGCACCCCAAGGUCCUGGGGCGGGUUACAGCGAUUAAAACACAGUGUUAAAACCCAUUAAAAAAACUUAUAAUAACAUAAAUAAGUUGGGUCCUAAAAAUAUUGUUAUUUGCCGCCCCAAUCUCUGAGCAGUGUGAGAUUCCAGGGGCACCAGGCACACUUGCUAGGGUCUGUGCUCUCUUUUGGAAAUGAGACAUAGCGGAGACUGUGGUGUCUUUAUGAUACAUGGUUUAUUUGCACCUAUAUACAACCUGAGUCUAGAUGGAGGGAGCACAGAGCAUUCACAUUCCAAGAGGUUUGGGCUUCUUCCAUAGCCACAGCAGCUUUAGUCACCAACCAUUCCUCUGCCUUUGCCCCCCCCCCCAUCCCACUGCUUACUAACUCCGUUGCAUAACUCAGGCUUACUGUCUAAACCCUUUGCUAACCUAAGCUCUAGUUUUUUGUAAUACAGGGAGAGGCCCCACACCUUUGAUGUGCUAGAUGGCUCAUUACUCCCAGGCUAUUAUCUCAAAGGAAAUUAGCGUUUACACAUGUUGUUUGCCUAGGAUUAAAUAGUUAAAAGAUACACAGUUUAAGCAGUUUGCCUAAAUUGCAUUAGAAGGAUUAGAAGUGUCUAGACUCUAGCACAUAUUUCUUAAUGAACACUAAUGCACACAGGUCCAACUUAGAUUCUACCACUUGGUAGUCUGACACAGUUUUACAUGGAAGCCUUAAUUAAAAUCUAGCACACCUUAAUUAAAUUCCAACACUAACUUCAUCUGGAAUUUAGGGUGUCUUGAACCCACAGCUUCAUAACAUUAUACAUCCCGAGUGUGAAAAGCCAGGGAGGUUAGAUCUCAUGUGGGUUUUUACAUCAGUGCAGUAUAUUUUGUGGAAGAGGUUUAAUACAUUUUUUUGGUAAUCUUUCUCUUCCCCGCAGCUACUGUUAGCCAUUUGGGAAGAAAAAUGCAGAUACCUGUAAAAGCAUACCUGUCAGUGUCUUGGAGUACUUUCCUAAUGCACUGAAUGAUUAGCCCUUGCAAGCUAUACUGCACAGAAAAUCUUGUAUUGUGAUCCCAUGCCAGGGGGAUUCUAGCCUGGGACAACAAAACAGUGGCUGAAUGUGAUUGGUUGGUUGAUUGCCUAAUUGCCUACCCUGCACCCUAAGGUCACUAAGUCUGGGUUACACCAAUUAAAAAUUCAAUAUUCACAUAAAAAGUACCUCUGUCUAGCUUCUGAUGCAAAAACCUGCAAUCCUACAACUGCUUGUCCCACACUGUUUAUUCUGAAGCUUCGGAAGUAGUACGUCAUCCAAAGAUUGCAGCCUUGAGGCAUUGUCAUAGAAACACCUAGGCUUGCUACUGUUUAUAGUGCAGGACUCUCGUGUUAAUUCUGUCCAGCUCUAUCACCAGGUUUGGUGCCUUUUACAGAAAUUUAAGGUAGUGGACUCCCGAUUAGAAUUAACCUAAGAAUCCUUUAGCUGCCAACAUUUUUGCCUGGGUUAUCACAUUUCUGUUCUUCCUCGGAAAGAAUGAAGCUGCCUUGUGUAUAGAGCAGCAGGAUGUGUUUGAGACUUUCCUUUUCAUUCACUGUGCAAUAUGAGUCAAGAGGUGGGGGUUGCUGGACUACAUUCCUUGAGGGAUUAAUGAUGCGAAAGAUAAAUGCUUGGUUUGCACAUGUACAAAUACAGUGGUACCUCGGGUUACAUACGCUUCAGGUUACAGAUGCUUCAGGUUACAGACUCCGCUAACCCAGAAAUAUUACCUCAGGUUAAGAACUUUGCUUCAGGAUGAGAACAGAAAUCGUGCUCUGGUGGUGCGGCGGCAGCGGGAGGCCCCAUUAGCUAAAGUGGUGCUUCAGGUUAAGAACAGUUUCAGAUUAAGUACGGACCUCCGGAACAAAUUAAGUACUUAACCCGAGGUACCACUGUAUCUCUCAAAUUUAGGGUUGCCAUGUUUCAAACAGUGAAAAUCCAGACAGAAAAGUUGUUGGACAUAUGGCAACCCUGCCCUAAUUACAGAAGAAAAGAAAAAAAAUGGGUGCCAAAUUCGUAUGAAAGGGAAUGUGUGUUUCUCCUUAAGCUACACUUGUGAUGCCUUAGAUUUUACUUCUGAACCAAAUCUGCCUGGUUUUCUUUUAGCAUCCCAUGUGAUAACUGACCAGACCGAGCUGAGGAAAAUCAAGUGCAUGGAGAAGGCAGGAAUCAGUGUAACAAGAGAGCUGAUGUGGUGGUGGGGAGUGAGACUCGCAACCGUCCAGCAGUUGUUUGAGCUUCUGCAGGAACUUCAGCUCUAUCGGGCAGCACAAGUAAUUGCAAACUGUGAGUAGCUGGACUUCUUUCUCUGGAACUACCUAGCAGUUGCUUAUAACAAAUUAGUGAAAAGCUCGUUCGUCAACGCCCGUUGCCAUUGUCGUUCCUUCUAGAGCUGAACUCCGUUCCAGCAGGGGCUGCUGGUUUUGCAGCCAGAAUUGGGUCACUAAGCAAAAAGGGAGCCUGCUUAGGUGAACCCUGAAAGCAAAGAACUAGGGGACUACAAACAGAAAACAGGAAAUGUACAUAUGCUUGAGGCCAUGCAAAGGAAAGGGGAGGGGGAAGGAGCAGGAAAUGAGUGAAGCUGAACGUUGGAAGAAUCAGGACAGAAGAAAGUCAGUACUUUUCACGCAGUGUACAGUGGUACCUCGGGUUACAUACGCUUCAUGUUACAUACGCUUCAGGUUACAGACCCCGCUAACCCAGAAAUAUUACCUCGGGUUAAGAAUUUUGCUUCAGGAUGAGAACAGAAAUCGGGCUUCGGUGGUGUGGCGGCAGCAGGAGGCCCCAUUAGCUAAAGUGGUGCUUCAGGUUAAGAAUAGUUUCAGGUUAAGAGCGGACCUCCGGAACGAAUUAAGUACUUAACUCGAGGUACCACUGUACAGUUAAACUUUUGAACUUGUUCCCCUAUGGUGCAGUGAUGGCCACCUACCUAGAUGGCUUUAGAAGAUUAGAAAAAUUAAUGGAGGAGAUGGCUGUCAAAGGCUACUAGCCAUGAUGGUUGGAGACAGUAACGCUUCUGAAUACCAGUUGCCAGAAAUAAAAAUCCAAGCAAUAUUUUGUUAGGGGUUUCACUGCUUCUCUCUAAUAGCAAACUCGGGAGGGUAUGUGUUGACAGGUUUUGAGCUAAAACCAGAUGACUGAGAAACAAGUGGAAGAUGUUUGUAUGCUUAUGUAAAGCUCAUGAUAUACCAAAGUAUGAAACAUUAAAAAAAAACAAAAAACAAAACGGGGCAUGCACUCCCAAAAAAACCCCAGCCCUGUGAAGUCUGAGCAUGCUCAGUGGUCUGUGGAAUGUUACGUUUUAGUUGGAAAAGCAAGAUGGAAGGCUUGGGAAAUGAAUUGGUGGGAAAUGAAUUGGGCUGAUUGUAGUUUGUAUCCUUGAAGAAUUUGUAGUUGCCUCGAAUCCUGAACAGUAACAGUUCUGUUGGGGAUUGAGGAAACACUGCAAUGUUUUUUGCUGUAUUGAGUUUUGUUUAUUAUUCAUACCUUCCUAGUGUGGCCUUUUAUAGCCCCUCUUACCUGAUGAAAAAAUUGUUUUCUUUAGGCAGACCUUUGGUUAGUCAUGUUGAUUGCUUUCCCCUGUUGUUGGUUGGCAGUUUUAGUUAAGUUGGUUGCUGUUCUUUAUCUGUUGUUUUUUUCUGUUUGUUGAUACAUUUGUUUUCAUUAUAUUGUAAUUUGUUAUUUUACUGUUGGCUCCCCUGGGCUCUUUAUAGUAUGGAAAAGCAGGAAAAAAUACCCAGGGUACAAGAACCAUUGUUUCUAGGUAUGUCUGUAUAGAACCAGGGUUGGGCUCAGAUGUAACAGGAAGUGUGGUUUUCCAUUAUGAGCAUGAACCGCAGAAAGCUUCAGGCUGCCUCCCUCCCCACUCCUCUUUUGUACACCAGAGGAGAGUGUACACUUCCAAAUGUGAUUUUAAACUAACCACAGUUCCUGUGAAGCUAAGCCAGAGUCAGACUAUGAGCCUUCUCUGUGGAAACCUUACGUUGUGGAACUCCCCCUGCUACACACACACACACAGGCGUGUGGCCCCUUCACAAUUACAGUAUCCGUAUUUCAGUGAAUGCUGAAUACAUUUUUUUGUACAUAAUAAUAUGGUUUACUGAUAUACAUCCCCCCCUUCACUGCUUUCACACCUGCACAUUGGUUAAGAAAGGGAAGUAGCCCUUCUUUGAAAGGGGAAAGAAGAGGGCUGCAUUGCCAUGCUAACUACAGAAAAUAAUUUUUUGUUUGAAAUAUUUUAGACCAGCUUUUGCUUUAACUCAUUUUCCGUUAACACCAUUUUCAUUUGGGCUCAUCAUAGCAUAUAUGAAUUCCUCUGCAUUGUCCUUUUUUGAAUGAAAAAUACAGUAAUGUGAAUGUGGCCAUUGAGAGUGAUGCAAAUUGGGUACAUCUGAUUUAAAUUUCCUGUAAACUUUUACACACACACACACACACUGUACUAGGAAAAUAUUGCAUUCAUGUAGAAAUGCCCAUAGUGAUAAAUUUCAAAAAUUAGACAGGAAACAUGCUGGGAUGUUUUCAGUCUUUUCAUUAAAAAAAUCUGUCAUCCACUGGGUUCAAAAUUGUUGCAAAACAUGAUUAGACAAUAUGGCAGUGUGCCUUCAAUACUAAUGUGAGACACUAGCAGCUAGAGGAAGAAUGGAUGGUGGUGACUCAUGACUUGCCUUUUAUGCUGCUGUUCUUCGUUGCAAAAUCUAGAAUCCCCCAAUUAGUUUACUUGCAGCUUACCAGCAGAGCAUUGCUUUCUGGUGGUGAAAAAAGAAGAAACGGGUGUCAUCAGGCUGUCAGAACAAUCUUAGUUAUAGCUAGGUAGCUGUGUUGGUCUGCCAUAGUCGAAACAAAAUAAUUCCCCCCCCCCAGUAGCACCUUAGGUAAAGGUAAAGGGACCCCUGACCAUUAGGUCCAGUCGUGGCCAACUCUGGGGUUGCGGCGCUCAUCUCGCUUUAUUGGCUGAGGGAGCCAGCGUACAGCUUCCGGGUCAUGUGGCCAGCAUGACUAAGCCACUUCUGGCGAACCAGAGCAGCACACGGAAAUGCUGUUUACCUUCCUGCCGGAGCGGUACCUAUUUAUCUACUUGCACUUUGACGUGCUUUCAAAUUUCAUUGGCACCCUGUGUGAUGCUGAAAUCUGGCUCCCUCCUGCCUCUUACCUUCCACUGGACUUCACAGUUGUGGUGCCCCAGAAGCUCAGCACCCAGUGCGACCGAACCAGUCACACUCCCAUAGAUCCACCUUUGAGGGCAGGGAGAUACGUUGCUAUUAUCCCAGUGGAAUGGCUGCCCUAUCCUGUACUUGCUGAGACCAAGUGCAGAAAGGAAAAACACCCAACAAGAAAAUGCAAAAUGGCUUAACAAUUUUGGGUAUGCCCUCCGCAUCUCUAGAUACAGCGCCAAAUUCCAUCAGUCAGGGACAGGGGCAUCUAUGUCACCCACAUGAUGCCCACCCACAGUGGGAGCCAGUUAGCACAACAAACAUGCACCCAGCACAUACCCAUUGAACAAAACACACACACACACAAUACGCAGUAUGCUACUAGAGUAUUCCCCAGGACGUAUUUGCUGUUUUGUUGUAUGUGGUAUUUCCUAGAACAUUUGUCCACACUGUUGGGAUUGGAUUCUGGGUUACAUCCAGAAUAACACUGUAGACCUGUAUGCACUUCCCUGGGAGUGAGUUAUGUUGAAUUUGGUUGGGCUAACCUCUGAGCAGAAUAGGAUUUGGGUUAGUUGUACAGUACAGUGGUACCUCGGGUUAAGUACUUAAUUCGAUCCGGAGGUCCGUUCUUAACCUGAAACUGUUCUUAACCUGAAGCACCACUUUAGUUAAUGGGGCCUUCUGCUGCCGCCGUGCCACCAGAGCAUGAUUUCUGUUCUCAUCCUGAAGCAAAGUUCUUAACCCGAGGUACUAUUUCUGGGUUAGCGGAGUCUGUAAGCUGAAGCGUAUGUAACCUGAGGUACCACUGUACAACUAAACUUGAAGGCCCUGGUUGUACUUAGGGUUCCAUUGAGCCGGUCCUGGAAUCCCCCACCUUCGGCUGCCCGUUUUGGUGGGUGGGUGGGGCUCAUCUACCUAUCAGCCACCUAAUGUCAUUAGGGUGUCAGGUGACCCACUCUAGCAAACCGUUCUAGGAAGGAGAAUCCAAGUCCAGUCAAGUGGUGCUUGAAGUUACCACCGAUCAGUUAAUAGGCACUGGCUUCAAGGUCCCCUUGCAGCUCUGCUGUUUUCUGGGAUUGGCUGCAUUUUGGAAUUCCCCAAGGGGAAUUCUGUAACACAGCCUGUGCCAGGGGACAGCAAGCCUCCCUUGGCAAAGCACAGUCUAGAACUCAUUGGAUGUUGGGUGUGGAACAAGUAUUGUGGUUUGAUGAAAAUGGCUUAGUGGGCCAUACUGGGUUUCCCACUGCCAGUCUUGAUCCACUGUUUUUGCGGAAUCCACCUAGGAGUACAAAAUAAGAAGCUGCAUUAACAGUAGCUUCAUUGUUCAUGCUAACUUUGAGGGUGCAAAUGAGACUGCAUAUUUAAAUUGCAACUAUUUUUAGUUUUCAACUGACGUUUAAAAAAAUGGAAACUCGUUAUUGCCCAGGCCUUAAACAGGCCAACCAGUAUGACCAUUGCAGUGAUUUGACAGCCCAUGCUGAGAAUUUAAUUGUUCCAGUUACUUUUCCAAAUCAAAUUGCUCUCUGUGCACACUCAUCCCUGAUGCCCAGAAAAAGAAUUCUAUUAUCUGUUGUAAUUCAUGCUGAUUCACUCCUAGAAAAUGUGAACAGUGUUUCUGAGUAAUCCUAGCAUAUAAAGCAUGCCAGUUUACCUCUUCGAGAAAAAUAACCACCUUUUCCUGCUUUUUACAUGCAUCUAUACUUCUAAACAUUUUUGGCAUAUAGUGGAGAGGAUCUAUUCAACCAGGUUUCAUAUUCCUUUAGCAGCCUGGGGUUUCUUUCUUCUCCAUAUUUUUUAAAGUUCACUACAAGGAAUGCAGCACUUCAUUAAAGAUGUCAAUAGCUGCACCAAUGUUGUGUUGGCUUGGGGCACACAAAGAAGGCCUUAGCAGAGGGACUAGCUGGCCUCUGCAAAAAUAUCGGAGACACCGGCCAAAGAAUUAUAUUUGCUGUUCCUCUUUGCUUUCCUCAAGGGAAAUUUAUUUGGAUCCAGCUGAAAGGAUUGAAUCAACUCAGUUCAGCUGAGUCCGUGUGCUCCUGAUGUGUACCUUAAUUAGGAAAAUGUUGAAAGCAAACACAGGGUUGUACUGAUCCUCAUUAUCUUUUAUGAUUGCAAGUGCCUCAGGAGUCUUAAACCUCUGGCUUCAGGAGAGAUACUGUUAAAGUCCAGUUUAUUAAAAUAUUGUCCCUUUUUUAAAAAAAGCAUCAACAGUAACGGCAAAGAGCGAUGUACAUGUUUUUGCUUAUGUUGUAAAGUACAGUGUCCAUGGCAAUUGAAGUGUAGGCGGGUUCAUGCAUGACCCAAGAGGUCUGCAAUGUCAUGCAUACAAUCUGGCUUCGGCCUACAAUGCCUGGUGUCAGGAAUGAGCCAGCUCCUAGUGGAACUUUACAGCCGGCUGCAGAACAGAGAGGGUUAGAAUUGAUGCAGGCUGAACAGUGGUCAGCGCAGACUCUCCCGGACUUUGGAAUGCCAGUUACCAAGGAAAUGACUGAGAGCGGGCUGGAACACAGACAAAGCUCUCAGGAAGUCAAACAGGCGUGAACAGAGGUGGAACAGUCUGUCAGAACUGGAAGAGGUUGGAGCUGAUCCAAUCUCUCCUAAAAGUCAUUGAAUGGGAGGGCUGUUCGACAGGAAGCAAAACAAGAGACGUAAGGGGCGAUGGUUCAAUAUAUUCUGUAGGAACCGGAAGGUGUCUUCUGAAGGGUCAUCUUGAGUGAUAAUGUAGGCGGUUUCGUCCAGAGCCGUCCAGAGCUAUCUGUUUUUGCAAUAAAUAUUCAUUUUUAAUUACCUACGCUUACUGUGUUAUUUAGCCAGGAACUGGACUCCUGACACCUACAUACAUAACAGCAAUCAUUAUUUUUCAUUAUAUGAUGAGAAACACCCUGUGGAAUGCCCUCCCAUCAGAUGUCAAGGCGAUAAGCAACUAUCUUACUUUUAAAAGACAUCUGAAGGCAGCCCUGUUUAGGCAAGUUUUUAUUGUUUAAUGCUGCAUUGUGUUUUUAAUUUUCGGUUGGGAGCCGCCCAGAGUGGCUGGGGAAACCCAGCCAGAUGAGUGGGGUAUUAAUAAUAAAUUAUUAUAAAUUAUUUUUAUAUUCAAAAUAUUUUUAAAAUGACUGUAACAGGGCAGAAUGGGGGCAAGGUGGGCUUAUGCAUUCUCCACUGAUGCACGCAGGGGCCAGGAAUGGAACUCCCAUACAAAAUUGUUCCCGGCUGUAUGUAAAAGUAUGUAAACUGGUUAAACAUUCAUUUUGAUACCUUACAGCUCAGUCAUUAUGCUCUGAACAAAUAAGCGGUUCAUGAUAUUCCCCUCAACUCCAAACCUCACAAUUUGAGAGAUUGCCGUUCAUUCCUUGCGCUACAAUUUGACAGCAGCAGGACCUAGUAUAAAAAAAAUUAAGAUGACUUUGUGAAGGUUCCCUAAACAUAGCAGACACGCAUUAUGUUAACAUAAAUAAAAAGAAGAAAAGCAGAGAAUCUUUCAUAACUAUAAAACUGAGAUAAAACUCAAACCCUCCCUACCAGUGAUAAACACGUAUCAAUAUCACUCAUAAUAAAACCACAAUCCUGCAAACAAAAGCUCGGCAGUGUUAAUCCGAAAUAACAAAUUAUAUUUUAAAAGCAAAUUCUAAUGAGAAUUGCAGUUUAUGAUCUUCAUUUCACAUUUCUCUUUCUUGAUUGUUUUCCUGUCUUUUUGAGUCUUCAGUCAAAAAAUCAAUUGUAUAAGCAACUUGGCCAAGUAAGGCUUUGCCAAUGUCCUUGGUCUGUGUUUGAUCUUGCCCCAUCCCUAUCUCUGUGAGACUUACAGUGCAACUCAACAGAGGCAUAGCUGGGGGAGGGGGGGAGGGGAGAACGCUGGGAACGCCCCUGCCCCGGGGGCCCAUGCGGCUAGCUACACCACUGACUUAACAUAGGCACCUCCGCUAUGGACCUCUGCAGACUUCUAGGGAGGAAAAGCAGAGCUCAUGCGUGAUUUUUUUGAAAGCGGCAAAACCAGCAUACUAUACUGUUACAUGCCACCCCCAAUCUCCACAGCAGUGUAGGAUUCCAGGGAGUUUCAGGCGCUUUUUACCCACCAAGGUCUGAGUUUCCUUUUGGACAAUGAGGCACAGCAGAGACUUACACAUAUUUACAACCUGAGCCUACAAUGGAGGGGUUCAAAGCAUUGCACUCCAAGCAGGUUUGGUUUCUCCCAUAGCUGCAGCCUUGGAUUCAAACUGUCAACCUACAUUGUGCUCUGACUCCCGCUUUCUCCGGCCUGCCACCACUUGCAAACUGCAACUCUUCCCCCACCCCCCUUCAGUUUACAUCAUCCCCAAAUGUAAUCCUGAAACUCCCUCCUAGAAACUGGCAUUGUGUUCUGCUCCACCUGUUUGCUGGCUGGCACAUAGUCUUAGCUUUGCUAAUGCGUUUCUUAAUGGCUCAUCACCCUUCACUUUGUUAAUGGCCAUCUCUCUUACUUCAUCAGUAAGGCAGCCUGGCUUAUAUUUGAAUGUUUGCUGGGUUCAGGGGUUAAAAGGUCUGUAACAAUACCUUCUUCCUUCUGUUAGCAAUUCUGUUGGAAUAUGUUUAUGCCUAGGCCAACCAGUGUGGUAUUGAUGGGAAGAAAGGCUGGAUGAAUGAGAUCUUGACUGCUGGGGGGGGGAUUGCAUAAACAUUGCACAAACAAUACCUGUGUGUGUACACCUUUAUAUCCGCCUUCUCCAACCUGGUGUCCUCCAGAUGUGCCAGCCAGCAUGACUAGUGGUCAAGGAUUAUGGGAGUUAUAGUCCAAAACAUUUGGAGGGAACUGGGUUGUACAAGGCUAUACAGUGGUACCUUGGGUUAAGAACUUAAUUCGUUCCGGAGGUCCGUUCUUAACCUGAAGCUCCACUUUAGCUAAUGGCGCCUCCUGCCGCCGCCACGCCACCAGAGCACAAUUUCUGUUCUCAUCCUGAAGCAAAGUUCUUAACCCGAGGUACUGUUUUUGGGUUAGCGGAGUCUGUAACCUGAAGCGUAUGUAACCCAAGGUACCACUGUAUGUGUGUGUAAGAAUAAAUAGUUAUGCCCUUCCUCCUAUUAGUGGUAAUAAAAUUACCAGUGUGGACCCUCAACAUCAAAACAACCCCAAGACCUAUGUUAAUUUGAUCAAAUAUACAUACAUAAGCUUCUUACCUCAGGCCCUGACCACUACUGGAAUGUAGCCCCUGCCAGGUUGUCCAGAAGGGAAAGCAGCCCUCAGGUUGGGAAAGGUUUCCUACCUCUGAUGUAUAGGAUUACACUUAGUCAUCCAAAGCAAACAUUAACUAAUUGGUACAGGUGAAAGAUUUCAAGGUGCAUUGGAUCAUUGUCAUAUCAUAGAUAAUUAUGCUUGACUCUUUUUAUUGCUUCCUUGCCUUGAGGAUAGUGUCAGAAAUCUCUACUGGAUUUAAGUGAAUACAAUAUAUGGUGAUUUUCCCUCACUCAUUCUCUCUCUUUCUCUCUCCGUCUCUCCUGACAUGCAGUAUUUUUUUAAGUUGUUGAUUUUAUGAUGUAAUUCUGGAAUUUCCAAAGUAUGCUCAGAAAGGCAGGUGACCAGUUUUCUUCCAGCGUGGUCUUUGGUUGCUGCGUGGAGGAAAGGAGGAACGAAUGAAUCUUCAAGCUGUUUCUCCCCUCAAAAAUAUAUCAAUGUAAAUUACUUCCUCUGCUUUUCUAAGAAACUUGCAUUAAAAACAAAGCCCAGACAAACUGUAGAAACAAUAAUCUACAGUACAAAGUUAAUUUAAAAGUUGGCAAAGAACAAUAAAAGCAUAAAACAGCCAUAAAACACCUUAUGAGAUGGUUUCUUGUGCAGUAAAUGUGCUGCUGCUGUUCGUUGCAGGGAAUCCAAAUGUCUUUCCCAAAAUAGCAGUUGUGCUUAAAAAGAGUCUGCAUUUAAAUUACAGCAGUUUGUUGCUGGAAAGAUUAUCCCCUCCCCCCAGUCAAGGAUGUACAGUGGUACCUUGGGUUAAGAACUUAAUUCAUUCUGGAGGUCCGUUCUUAACCUGAAACUGUUCUUAACCUGAAGUACCACUUUAGGUAAUGGGGCCUCCUGCUGCUUCUGCGCCGCCGCUGCACGAUUUCUGUUCUCAUCCUGAAGCAAAGUUCUUAACCCGAGGUAAUAUUUCUGGGUUGAGCGGAGAGCCCCACCUGAGGGUAUGUUCACAUUACCGCUUUAAAGCUCAAGUUCUUUGUGUUCCCCUGCUGCCCCAUGUGUAAGAACCAUUAACAGGCUUCCUCAACCUCAGCCCUCCAGAUGUUUUUGGCCUACAAUUCCCAUGAUCCCUUGCUAGCAGGACCAGUGGUCAGGGAUGAUGGGAAUUGUAGUCUCAAAACAUCUGGAGGGCCGAGCUUGAGGAAGCCUGACUUAAGGACUCCAAGCUGGUUUGAGAAAAGUCACAUUAUACAGUAGUAUUUUAUAAAAUAAAAAGGAAGUACAGGAUGCAUAUGCAUUUUGGAUGACAUUUGAACACGGAUUAGAAACAGCACUGGAAACUGAAAACGCAAACACAGCCUGAGUCACAUUUCCAUUUCUCUAUGUAAGUCUGAUCCAUAUCCUGCUACUUUAACUCUGUGUGGUAUAUUCACUCCGCGUGUGUUUUGAUGCUGCUUUCGCAGGGAAGUCACUUUCGUUACCUACUGAUUCUGCAAGGACUCCUUUAGAGACCCCUCAGCAGGAAAAUGCAUCCUUGCAUCCAACUGGGAACAAAAAUAAGGCCACAGCAGGUGAGACAGAAAUGCCAGCACUGCCAAAUUCAGGUACAAUACAGGCAGGGAUGAAAACAAAACAAAAAAUGUUUUCAAACUUUGGUGAAGUUCUACAAGGAAGUGGUUCUCAACUGGUGUUAACCACAUGCGUGCAAUGACUUAAUUCCCAAAUGUGUCAUGCCCUAAAGUUUCAAGAAAGUUCUGAGUAUUCUCAGCAGCUGACUAUUUACUUAACCUUUGAUUCUGCUGGAAGAAGUGAGAAAGUUGUCUGUGCUGCAGUAAUUCUACAGAUGCAAUACUGAGCCUGGUCAUUUAAUAGUUGUGUAAAAGAGAAUUUCAGCAGAUGGUGCAGAGCUGAGAAAGGCUCAAAAGUUCUUUUUUCUAUGUGACUGUUGAAGGUACAAGAUCCCUAAAUAUAGUAGCACCUAACCUCUCCCUUCAUCAAAGGAGGGUUAUUGCAUCUUACACAUAGUACCUGAGUUUAAAUGGCAAAAUAAUUGUGUUGUUGUUUAGUCGUUUAGUUGUGUCCGACUAUUCGUGACCCCAUGGACCAGAGCACGUCAGGCACUCCUGUCUUCCUCUGCCUCCCGCGUAUGAUUCAUCAAAUAAAUGACACGUGCAUAUUUAAAUUUCCUGAAAUAAAUAUUUGGGUGCUCAUUGGGAAAAUAAUAGGCCCUUACCUUUUCAUGAGUUAUGGAGAGACUUAGCCAUUUAAACCAGCGGUGGGGAGCAGGUGGCCCUCCAGAUGUUAUUGGACUCCAUCCCUCAUCAGCAGCGUCAGUGGUUUGGGCUGACAGGACUUGUAGUCCGACAACACGUAGAGCAUCACAGGUUUGCCCAUCCCUGUGUUUAAUUUACUUUUGACUAGACAAUGCUCUAAACAGCUUUGUGCCAUUCGUAAUUAACUAUAUCUUUUUUGUAAACCGCUUAGUCAAGCCGUAUAUAAAUUUUAUAAAAUAAUAAUAAUAGUAAUAAUUUAUUAUUUAUGCCCCGCCCAUCUGGCCCGGUUUCUCCACCCACUCUGGGCGGCUUCCAACCGAAUAUUAAAAACACAAUACAGCAUUAAACAUUAAAAACUUCCCUAAACAAGGCUGCCUUCAGAUGUCUUUUAAAAGUAAGUUGCUUAUUUCCUUGACAUCUGAUGGGAGGGCGUUCCAUAGGGCAGGCACCACUACUGAGAAGGCCCUCUGCCUGGUUCCCUGUAACUUCCCCCAUGCCUUACAAAUGUCAUACAAUGGUGAUCAGUGAGGGAACCUCCAGAAGGCCCUCGGCGCUGGACCUCAGUGUCCAGGCUGAAUGAUGGGGGUGGAGAUGCUCCUUCAGGUAAACAAGACCGAGGCUGUUUAGGGCUUUAAAGGUCAGCACCAACACUUUGAAUUGUGCUCAGAACUGUACUGGGAGCUAAUGCACGUCUCUCAGGUCUGGUGUUAUAUGGUCUCGGCGGCCACUCCCAGUCACCAGUCAAGCUGCCGCAUUCUGGAUUAAUUGCAGAAAUAAUAGUAAUACAGUCGUACUUUGGAAGUCUAACAGCUUAGUUCCCGAAUGUUUGGACUCCCAAACGUUGCAAAGUGGCUGUUCCAGUUUGCGAACUAUUUUUGGAAGCCAAAUUUCCGAUGGGGCUUCCGCAGCUUCCGAUUGGCUGCAGGAGCUUCCUGCAGCCAAUCAGAAGCUGCACUUUGGUUUUUGAACGUUUUGGAAGUCAAAUGGUCUUCUGGAAUGGAUUUCUUUUGACUUCCAAGGUAUGACUGUAGUGAUCUUUCACUAAUCUGAACACAUUUUUUUAAAAAAAUAAAGUAAAAAUAAAGCUACAGCUAAGCAGCCAUGAAGUGGUUUGUAAUACUGUAUUUCAAAUUAGUGCCUUAAGGUUUCCCCGCUAACCAAUAUGUCUGAAAGGCUACAAAAUGGUCAGAUGAUAUGUAACCACAUUGAUAGCAGAGAAUGUUCCAUUUCACUCUGUGGACAUUACUUCCAAGCAAACAUGUAGAGGAUCAGAGUGGCAGAGAACAUGAUAAUGUGUUCUUUUGUUGGAACAACUGGUGUGAAAUGCUGGAGGACUUCUAACCCUGUGAUUUUUUUUCAGCGGACACAGAUGUUCAGAACAAAACAAAUCUAUUUCUUGUGGGGCCCUCGAGGUUGCACAAAUAGCCUGUUCUUAAAGUACCUAUUUUUGUCACUUUCAGAUCCUGCUCUAAAACCAGAGGCACAUUUGUUUCCUCUAUCCCCACCUCCAACUUCUAUGGACCUUCCACAUUCUUUACGUUCAAAUCCACCAGUAUUGCCGAGUGUCAAGGUAAACGUUAGAUUCAUAGAUUUAGAAGGGAACCUUAAAUAUCAUCCAGCUGACCCCGCUGAAAGUUCUGCUAUCAAAACAGCUUGCACCCAAGUUCUUCCUAAUUUUCAGUCAAAAAUCCUUGUUCUUGUUUGAAUUUGAACUUGUUGGUUUGGGUGCAGAUUUAUACAUAUAAAUAAAUUGUUUUUUAAAAAAUUGUGUCCAAUAUUUUACAUGUUUUUGUAACUUGUCAGGAAUAAGCAAGGACCAAACUACAUGUUAUUAUUAUUCACUCCUUUUUAAAAGCAUGACUAAACUAGCCACUGUUGCUUAAAAGAAAAGAAGCCACGGGUGCCUUGAUUCAGUGUCCUCUUGAAGUGGAUCAGAGCACAGCAGUGAUUUCCCAUUGAAAUUCACCCUCCCUCCCCAGGUGCUAUUUGCCCAUAAAAAUGCUGUUUCAUAUCCUUCAGGGUCAAGUAGCAAUGGAUCUGUUGUUUGACAGGUGUGACAUCCCCUUGGUGGUGUUCAGUGGAGUAACCCUGCUAUGUCUUCUCUCUCUGAAAUCUCUAGCCUGGCAGUUCUCCUAUCGCUCAACAGGAAGCUAUUCCUAAUCUCCUCACUGCAAGCCUUUUGUGGGCUCCAGAAGAAGUGGAAGCUGUCACCAGUGGCUUCAGUGAGGAAAACCGAAUCAGUGAAGGCAUGUUUGCCAUUGCCUACAAAGGUUGCAGGGACAACAAUUUAUACGUGGUUAAAAGACUAAAAGAGGUAGGUGACUUUCUUCGUUUAAGCCAUAAAUUAAACAAAAAUUAGAAAAGCUGGUUAGAAAUAGGUGUGCCACUGAAUUCUUACAGUGGAUUCUUGAAACUCCCCCUCUCAAGACCUCUGUUGAUUUGGUGGAAGCCCCACAAGCACAGAAUUGGAAAAUCCAAUGGAAAGAAAAUAAGUACAGUGUAAUUAAACCCAAUGUUAACCAUACAGAGAGGAUAGUGUCCAGGCUCUAACCAGUCUGACAGGUUAGAAGUGCAAGCAAGUACCUGUGAGGCUAAGUACAUGCUAAGGUGUCAAUCCAGCAAGCAACAUGCUCCCCUCCGCACACUUUCUUUUCGAUACGUGGGGUGGGCACAGCUGUUAGCACAGCAAGCAGCUGGAGUCCUGAGAUAUUUGGGGGGUGGGGACACACACCUGAGUGGCAGAAGGAGGUGGCAAAGGCUCAGCAGAAGGCAGUGAACUGAGUGUAUCUGGAGGGAUGGCAUGCUCCUCUGCUAACUGCCUGAUCCUUCCCUGGGGUCUUCCUCUCCAUGCCCGAGGCCACUGGGUUCCCCCUCCCCCUGGAUCAGACACCUAUUGAGGUUUGGAAAUAAUAACCUGGAACACAUUGGGACAUUCCCUAAGACUAUCCAGCACCAGCUCUUUGAGUUCCCCCACUCAUCCUCCGGCUCUGAUCACCCCCUCUAUGACACCUCAACAGGGCUCAUGGCACUUAGUUGGAUAUCCCCUGUAUGGAUUAAAUGACAUUUGUAAAGCGCUACAGGGAACCAGGCAGAGAGCCUUCUCGGUAGUGGCACCCGCACUGUGGAAUGCCCUCCCAUCAGAUGUCAAGGAAAUAAGCAACUAUCUGACUUUUAGAAGACAUCUGAAGGCCUGUUUAGGGAAGUUUAUAAUGUUUGAUGUUUUAUCACUUUUUAAUUAUUAUUAAUAUUCUGUUGGGAGCCGCCCGGAGUGGCUGGGAAAACACAGCCAGAUGGGUGGGGUAUAAAUAAAUUAUUAUUAUUAUGCACAAAGGAGCAGAUUUCUAAGGGGUUGGUAUACUGAUUAAAUUAAAAGAUAUCAAAGUUAAAAUACCAACUGCAUCACCUCCAUUCUCAACUCAGCAUUUUAAUAUUAGGCUCAGAUUAGUCCUACUGAAGCUUAAUUAUCUGCUUAAGAUAGCGGACAGUGGAUAUAUGGUUUAUUAGAAUAUAUACAUAUAUUCAUCAUUUAAACGGAGUUGACUAUUGGGGCAAAAAAUAAAUGUAUUCUCUUUUUAUGCUUCACAGCAAAAUCAGACACAAAAACUAUUCCGUACAGAGGUACAGAUCUGCUUCCGGUAUGUAGCUACACAAAACUUGAUGGUGUCUGCUCAAAUGGCUUCAGUUUACUUUGUUUUUGAAUUAUGCAAAUGAGCCUUCUUCUUUUUUGGAUUGGAUCUUUUAGCCCCUGCAGGAUAUGUGUGUGUUUGUGUGUGGAAAAUUUACCAUUACAUGACAGAGAAUGGUAAAUAAGUGGAGGCUGUUUUGGUGUUUCUCUCCUUUGUAACUCAAAUGCACACAUCCCAGGCUGUUACACAGUCUUUGAAUAUUUAUUGCUGUGCCUUUGCUUGUUGUAAAAUCUUUGAAAAUAAUUAACUGCGAUUAAAAGCUACUUGUCUGUCAGAAUCAAAGAUUUUCCCCAUUAUGUCCACUGCACUCAAGCUCUGGGCACUUCCCCAGUCUGCUUGGAAGGGGAACAGAUGUGCAUUUUUUUAACAACCAAUAGCUCAAGGAAUCCCUGAUGUAGCAAGAUCCAGCUCAAAAGCAUGAGAACCUUCCCUGACUCACCCAGAUUGUUCCUGUAAUUCAGGGUACACGAACUGAUGCACACCCCUAACAAAUACACUGAGAUGCAACUGUUUAUUUAUUUAUUUGAUUCCAUUUAUGAAUCACUUCCCAUGAAAUAUCUCCAAGUGAUCUCACAGUAAAAAUGUUAACAAUAAAGACAGUUUUUAAAAUCCCAUAUCUAUCUGCCUGUCUGCCUCCUUGCGCACACUUCAUAUGUAAAAAUAUUUUCAGAUUCAAUACAGAUACCAGCUCUUAGUAACUAUAAGAAAUAAUUUUGUGGUUCUUCUGUAGCAUGCAGUAGAAAAGUGUCAAGUAGGUAUGUGUGUUUGUAUGCACAGUUUGAUGGAGCUCCACUAUGGUCUGUAUGUAAAAAUAAGUCCCUGUGCUGCCUAAAACACUUCAGUUCAGUUUUGACAUAGCAGUGAAGUUGUAAUGCAAAUAUAAGCAUGUCAGAAGGGUUGUUGACAUACACAUAUUUUUAGACUUUGAAAGUCAUUUCAGUAUUUGGAGCAGAAGUCCUUGACUGGUUAGUUUACUUCACGUGCAGGAAGCAGUAGUGAUGAAUUGAGGUGGAGGGUGUGUGCAUAAGCCUGAGGCAUAUUUCCGUUCUAAUCUCACAUGGCAGCGUGUAGAGCGAGGGAAACAUCUGAAACAUCCAAGACUUAGUACUCUCUACUGACUGAAAGGAUUGCAUACCGAACUGUGAAGAUCAGGGCUGGCACAACCCAUUUUGCCGCCUGAGGCAGAACAGGAAAUCUACCCCCAUCACUUGCCUCCACUGUUGCAAUAUGCCUCUGAAUGACAGUUGCUGAGCAUCGCAGCUUCAGAGAGUGCUGUUUUGCUCAGGUCCAGCAGGGCUCUUCUUAUGUUCUUCAGUAGGUAUCUUAAAUACUGGUACAUCACGUUUUCUCACAUAUCUGUUCAAAUACCCUUUAGGAGUUGCCAUCCUAACAUUCUGCGGUUGUUAGGCUUUACUGUAGAAAGUGGAUUUCACUGCCUGAUAUACCCUUACAUGCCUAAUGGAUCGUUGAUGGACAGACUACAGUGUCAGGUAAGCAACCAGUUUGCAUGCUGUGUCACAGUUCCACAAAAAUACUGUGUUAAAAUCUGACAUACUCUAAUGUACUAUACCAGGAAUAGCCAACAUGGUGCCCGCCAGAUGUUGCUGGACAACAACUCCCAUGAUCCCCGGCAGCUGGUCUUGCCGACUGGGGGUGAUAGGAGUUGCGGUCUUCUGCAACUGGAGGGCACCAUAUGGCUAUCCUUGUAUGAUGCUAAUGUUGCCCUGGCUGCACAGAUGAGAGGAAAGGCACUUUGGCCACAGUCACUGGCCAGUUAUUCUGACUCUCACCAUUUUACAAACAGCUGCUCAGGGAGCCUGCUUCCCUGUUCCUUUUAGAAAGAAAUCAGCUGCAGGUGCCAGUCAGUUGCCAAUCACUGUAGCUGUAGAAAUAAAGGCAAGAACAAGAACACCGUGGCCCCAGCUGCUAGCCAAAGGAGGUUGGACCUUCUCCUUUUCAGAAAUAAAAAAAUAAAAUAAAUAAUAAUAAUAAUAAUUUAUUAUUUAUACCCCACCCAUCUGGCUACGUUUUCCCAGCCAAUCUAGGCAGCUCCCAACAGAAUAUUAAAAACACGAUAAAACAUCAAACACUAAAAACUUCCCUAAACAGGGCUGCCUUCAGAUGUCUUCUAAAAGUCAGUUGUUUAUUUCCUUGACAUCUGAUGGGAGGGCGUGCCACAGGGCGGGCACCACUACCGAGAAGGCCCUCCGCCUGGUUCCCUGUGACCUCACUUCUUGCAGUGAGGGAACCGCCAGAAGGCCCUCGGCGCUGGACCUCAGUGUCUGGGCUGAAUGAUGGGGGUGGAGACGCUUCUUCAGGUAUACUGGGCCGAGGCCGUUCAGGGCUUUAAAGGUCAGCACCAACACUUUGAAUUGUGCUCAGAAACGUACUGGGAGCCAAUGUAGGUCUUUAUUUUUAGGACUUUAAAUUAAAUCUCCAUUAAAUGUAAUUUUGUGUGUGUGUGUGUAUGUUUGUGUGUGUCCACACACACACACACACACACACACACACAUAUAUAUAUAUAUAUAUAUACAUACGGUGGUACCUCGGGUUACAUAUGCUUCAGGUUACAUACGCUUCAGGUUACAGACUCCGCUAACCCAGAAAUAGUGCUUCAGGUUAAGAACUUUGCUUCAGGAUGAGAACAGAAAUCGUGCUCCGGCGGCGUGGCAGCAGCAGUAGGCCCCAUUAGCUAAAGUGGUGCUUCAGGUUAAGAGCAGUUUCAGGUUAAGAACGGACCUCCGGAAUGAAUUAAGUACUUAACCCGAGGUUGCUCAGAACUUUUGAGAUGGAGUGGGACUAUUGAAUCAAUGAAUGAUAUUAAACCAAGUAGACAUGCUGACCCACAUUCUUUUUGUAACACAUAGUCUGCAUACAUACCAUACAUUUAAAGCACAUUUUUCUCCCCCCCCCCCAAAGCAUCCUGAGAACUGUAGUUUGUUAAGGGUUCCAGGAAUUAUAAUUCGGUAAGGGGGUAAACUGCAGUUCCCAGGAUUCCUUUGUGUGUGUAGCUGUGUGCUUUAAGUGUCUGGUUUGUACACAGCUCUGGCCAUCUAGCUCAGUGUUGUCCACACGGACUGGCAGCAGCUGUCCAGGGUUUCAGGCAGGGGACAGUCCCAGCCCUACCUAGAGAUGUUGGGGAUUGAACUUGGGACCUUCAGCGUGUAAAGCAGACGUUCUGCCGCUGGACUACAGGCCCUUUCCCAAAGGUCAUUGAGUAAUUGGUGGUGUAGGGGCAGAAACAAGUUCAAACAUUUGCCUGCAUCAGGUAUUGAAAAGGUUACACGUACUUUUAUGUGGGGAAAAUAUUUACUGCCACAAGGUGAGACAGGGCAGGAUUUGUCUGUCAGCUUCUGCUUGUGGUUUAAGAAACUAAAGAAGUGUAUGACUAGUUCUUUGGACUUGUGAUUUGUGAAGAGUAGCAGCCCCCAUCUGAGCCAACAUUUUUUGAAAACUGGGGGUGGGUGAGGUUAAAAAAGCAGGAAGUAGCAUGGAAUCUACUGAUUAAAGGGGGGAAAUACCAUAAGGACUGGCCAAUCCUAGGAUGUGCUCAGCAUAGUUCUCUUGAUGCCCAGUUACGGAAUCUGUGCAGUAUUGGAGUUCAAAAUCUGUUCUGCUCAGAUAAUCAAUCCGAAAGUAACAGUAUUGUAACGACUUUUAUUAGGUAUUGUACUGCUGUUACCUUUGGACUUAUUCCCCUAAUGAACCAACAACCAGACAAUUCCAUGUCUGUAUUUUAAAAGGGAGAAACUAUUCCCUCCAGUCCUGUGAAUUGUUUGAUUCCUGCGUUGAACCAGCAUGAGAUUUAAUUGUCCACCUAUCAGAAAAUUUGGGCCAGCAGAGAGCUUGGUUACUCCUACCGAGAAAGGUACGUUGAUGGUCACACAAUCUCUUCCCUUCUGUUGCAGGGUGGUUCUGAACCACUAACAUGGGAGAAACGCAUCAAAAUUUCUUUGGGACUUGUUCAAGCUGUUCGGCACUUGCAUCACUUAGGAAUUAUUCAUGGAAAUGUGAAAAGGUGAGGAGCUGACUUUAAAACACUGUUCUCUUCUUUAUGCUAUCAAAAUAUAUAUUUUAAUAAGCUGGUGAACAUUUUCAAUUGGUUAAAUAUUUUGUUGCAAGACAAGAAUAGAAAUUGGUUCCAUUUCAGUUCAUUAUUGGUUUUUGGAUAGAUAAGCAUAUAUAAUUGCAGACUAUUUGUGCAAUGAUGGACAUGCCUACAGCGUCUCUUGCUUUGUACUACAGUUAUAAUUCAGUUGCAUUGAAGAGCAAUAAGCUUGAAAUGUGUUUGUGAUAGGAUUAGAUAUCUUUGUGCACUAACGGGAACUUUCUGUUUUCUACUUCUUUGAAAUACUUCUUUCUUUUGCUAGGACUGGAAAACAGAAUUAGAACAGAUUUAUCGUCAAGUAGUAUACUUAUUGUGCAUUUUGCAAGGCAGAAUCAGCAGGCAGUGUGGAAGUGGGAGGAAUCCUUUUCCACUGGCUGAUUAUCCCUUGCUGGUUUUAGCCCAUUUCCAUCCCAGUCAAAAGUAAGCCCUACUCAGGGGGCAAUGACUAUAGGUCACUUAUACAGGGAAGAAUUAGUGGAUGCCAGAAGGGUAACAUUCAUUUCUUCUGCCCACCAAUUAUUGCUACAAAUGUUCAACUAGAUUCACAUUUUCUUAGGAUCCAGGUUUUGCAAAAUCCACCGUUUGGGGUGAUGUAUUAUUUGCCCUAGGGAUGUGGGUGGCACUGUGGUCUAAACCACUGAGCCUCUUCGGCUUGCCGAUCAGAAGAUCGGCGGUUUGAAUCCCCGUAAUGGGGUGAGCUCCCGUUGCUCGGUCUCAGCUCCUGCCAACCUAGCAGUUCGAAAGCAUACUAGUGCAAAUAAAUAAAUAGGUACUGCUCCAGUGGGAAGGUAAACGGCGUUUUCAUGCCCUGCUCUGGUUUCGGUGUUCCGUUGCACCAGAAGCGGCUUAGUCAUGCUGGCCACAUGACCCGGAAAAGCUGUCUGCGGACAAACACCAGCUCCCUCGGCCUAUAGAGUGAGAUGAGCGCCGCAACCCCCGAGUCGUCUGCGACUGGACUUAACUGUCAGGGGUCCUUUACCUUUACCUUUUUAUUAUUUGCCCUACAAUUAAUAGGAAAAUAGGUGUAAAUAAAAUACUGCAGUUCAAUAAGACUGAUACAAUUUCUGCCUUAGUAUACCUUUGCAGUAUUAGCACUUUGUCAGGACACUCUUAUUUAUUAAAAGGGUACUUAAAUUAGUUUGCAUUAUCCCAGGCUACGCUAUCACUUUCAGAUGUGAAUGACUACUAUUUCUUGUAGCUCAGUAGUCUUCAGAACUGAGACCUAUGUUUGUUUGUUUAUUAAGAUUCAUUUAUAUGCUUUACUCAAGGCAAAUAUUGCAUUACACUUCGAUUUUAUUUUAUUUUAUAAACUUUAUUAAAACUUUAAAAAAUAAUUGCCAAACACAGUCUUCCAAGGCAAAUAUAUGUAUAGAUGUUAAGUCUUGUGGAUGCCAUACUGGUUACUGCAUGCAAGACGGAGACCCAUAUUUAGUCCAAGCAUGCUAGUGGGUGGGGGUAUUUCUUUAUUGUCUUACUAGAUAUUUGUAGCGCUGUUUCUGUAUCCCAACAUAGGUAUUGCUGUGGCACUAGUUGAAAACCAAUGUUGUAACUGACAUUUUACUUGCACUUAUCUUGCUUGCACAGUUCCAACGUAUUAUUGGAUGAAAACUUUGCACCACAACUUGGACAUUCUGGUCUCAGGUUGCAGCCUGCAGAGAAAAAAUCUGAGCGCUCUGUGAUGAAAACCAAAGUCUUGCAAGCUUCUCUCGCUUACUUCCCGGAGGAUUUUGUCAGGCACGGGCAGCUAACGGAAAAAGUGGACAUAUUUGGUUGUGGAAUAGUAAGUUGCCCACCUGUUGUGUGCAAUGCUAUAUAUGAUCCUCAUCUCAAGAGUUUGGCAAGUUUUCAUGGAAGUGAAUUUCAUAUAUUGCUUUCUCCAAAUGAGUUAGCUUAGUGUCAAUUUAUUUUAAAAUCAGACUCUGGGUCUGGAAAAUUAUAGGUCAUAAAUCAGUGAUAGGACACACUCUUUGCAGGCAAAAAGCCAGAUUCUAUUCUAGACAUUGCUAGUGAAAAAAUUUUUGGCUGAUGGCUCUCGCCCUGACCUAGCCACUGUGAUCCACGCGACGGUCAGCUCCAGACUGGAUUAUUGUAACUCGCUCUAUGUGGGGCUGCCCUUGAGACUGACCCAGAAACUCCAGCGGGUGCAGAAUGCCGCGGUGAGACUCCUUACGGGGUCCUUGCUGCAAGGUGCUAUACCAGUUGCACUGGCUCCCUGUGGAGUACAGGAUCAGGUUUAAGGUGCUGGUUUUAACCUUUAAAGCCCUAUACGGGCCUAGGACGCUCAUACCUAUGGGACCGCCUCUCCUGGUAUGCCCCACAGAGGAACUUACAGUCUUCAAACAAAAACAUCUUGGAGGUCCCAGGCCACAGAGAGGUUAGGCUGGCCUCAACCAGAGCCAGUGUUUUUUUGGCUGUGGCUCCAAUCUGGUGGAACGCUCUGUCACAAGAGACUAGGGCCCUGUGGGACUUGACAUCUUUCCGCAGGGCCUGCAAGACAGAGCUGUUCCACCAGGCCUUUGGCCAGGGCACAGCCUGACUCCCUCCUUUGGCAGUCUUCACAGAAUUCUAGCCCAAUGGUUGCCAUUAAUUUGAUUUGAAUUAAUUUUAUAAUGAAAUGAUUUUAGAAUGUUGUAUUAUUUGAUUGUUGUUAGCCGCCCUGAGCCCGGCUUCGGCUGGGGAGGGCGGGAUAUAAAGAAAAAAUUAGUAGUAGUAGUAAAGAGCUCUGCCUGAGAUGUAGGAUAGAAGCUGUGAGUCAGAGUAGAUAAUGCUGAGCCAGACUAAUUGGAACACUUACACUGAGUGGUGUAACCAACACCAGUGGUUUGCAACCUUUUUGGUAUGGCAACCCACAAGUCCAGAUUUAAUUGAUAUAGUGACCCAUUGAUUCAUUAUUGCAUGAAUUCUAGACCUUAGGUCUCAGCAGCCAUCAGUCGCAUGCAUUUUAAAUGCACAUUAAGCAAUUUUAUAACUUGCGACAUCCAAUAGGAAAGUGUUCUUAGCAACUAUGAGCACAAGUAUUUGGGGCCUGAGUCAUGUGAACACCUUCAAUUGGUGUGAAUGGUUGUGAAAACAGACUAAAAGUGCUGGAGGCAAUGCUUGGGGAGGUCAGGAAAAGGGCUAAGUAAGACUUGCCAAUGUUUCAGAGGCAGGGUUUCAGUGUUCUUAGUGGCUCCGACUGUCAGAAGAAUAAAUUAGGCAAUAUUAAACAUCCACCUGCAAAUUGGCAUCCUUUAUCCACAGAUUUCAAUUUCUCUGAACACUGAAUUUAUUUGUUUACUUCAGUUCAGAAGCUGUGCAAUAUACACAUCCCUGAAUAUAGCAAUUUCACAACUUGUAAUGACUGUUUGCUUAAUGGACAUCUUGUUUGAGCGCAGAGAAUGAAUACUGAUAUUCCUUUGAUCUUAAGGAAUAAUCCAUUCUAAAAAGGGAAAGUGUGUAAUUAUAAAAACAAUGUUUUCAAGGUUUUAGCAGAGAUACUGACUGGCAUGAAGGCAAUGGAUGAAGGAAGGAAUCCUUUUUACCUGGUAAGUUAAGUGUGUGUGUGUUGGUGCUUGAAGCAGGAUCAUUCCUGAUAGAAGAUCUUCAACCUGGUCCAAAGAAUACAAUCCUUAUGUUUUCCCAUGCAGAUCAGUUCUGCAGUAUAUGCCAGAUCUUCUCUUUUUAAAAUUAUUUAUUAUUUAUUAUUUAUUUAACUUAUAUACCGCCCUAUACCCAGAGGUCUCAGGGCGGUUUCACAGAGCAAAAUCAAAAUAUAAAACCACAAAAUAUAUAAUCGAAAUAAAAACAAUAACCCAAUACCCCCCCAAACCUACUGCUAGCAAUGGGACUGCCACAUUCAAAAUCCUAGUACUGCCUUUACAACCCUUAGACAGCUGAAUGCUGAACUGGAUCUGAGUGAACAUGUUUUUUUAUACAUAUACUUACCAAAGUAAACAAAAAAAAUUAUUAUUUUUACAUGCUGCAUAAAUACAGGGCCGUCUUAAGCAUAUCCGGCGCUAUGGUGCAAAGAUCCCUCCGCACGCCCCCUCCCGUUUCCCAGAGUUGUCGACCUUUUUUAAGGGGGAGAACCCCAAAGUUGUAGGAAAGGUUCCCCAGAGUUGUUGACCUUUUUUUUUAGGGAGCUGACACCACACUUACCCAUUAUCUCUAACAAGCCCUUAGAACAAAAUGAAAUAAAAAGGUAGAAGAAAAUCUAAUGAAGUCCUCAAUUCCAAAGCAAGACUCAUUCAAGACUCAGCAGUUCUUCUAAUUCAUCCUCGUGAUUCAAAUCACCACAUAUCAAAAAGUUAAAGCAAUCACCCGUUUGUUGUUCUUUAAAUAAAUUGAUAAAGACACAGAGAAUGAAGUUCCAGGCCAACUUGUGAUAAAGUACAAAGCUGACGUUUUCAGAUAUUGUGGGGGGGUGUAAAGUGGUGACAUCCUGAACCUAGAAAGGACCCGAAACUUGGGUCACAAAGGCUGCAGCUGCACUUACCUGAGAGUAAGCCCUGCUGAAUCUAAAGGACUUUUUGUUGGUGUUUGUUUGUUUCUAACCACUAACUGCAUGGAGAGCAUGCUCUCGAGUCUAUCCUUACCUCUGAACUGAGUCCUAAUGGUAGUGCGCGCCCCCCCCAGCUUUCCCCUCCCAUGCCCCAAAUCUGACUGAAUCCCUCCUCCACCUUUUUCCUCAACGGACGGGGCAAUGUUCUCGGUGCCCUUCCGCCUCGCCGUCCUCCUUGCCCCCUGUGCUGGGCAGCUCAAGGCUCACUUGCCGGGCGGGCUUCCUCAGCAGUCCUACUACUGUCGGGGGCAGACAGGAGGGAGAUGGGCGCUGCGUAGUUUUGCACGCUGCUGCUGCUGCCUCCUCUCCUAGGCAGGAAGCGAGAGAGUGCGGCUGGCCGUAGGAAGAGCCGCUGCCACCCAGCGUUCCCUCGCAGCCGUUCCCGGUCAGUCCUGGACUCCCGCUGCUGGGCAUCCCGAUGGGUGGGCACCAUGGCCCAGGGCACCACUAACCCUAAUGGGUAGCACGGCCCGGCAUAAAUAUUUUAAGAGUUUCCUGCAAUAACCAAAAGUACUUGAACUGGAGGGGAAAUCAGUUUGGAAACCCCCCUCCCAGUAAAACACACACAGGACUCAUCCAAACUUCUGAUUGUUCCGCCACUUUCCCUGGGAAAACCUGAUAUUUACUGUUGAAUCACAGCACACAUUAAACGGGUUUUCUGCAGAUUGAUGUUUGUUCUGAUUCAGUGCUAAAGAGUGGGUUUUCCCUAGGCAAGCUAUGGGGCAAACAGAAAACUUUUUGGACCCAUGCUUUCUAAGCACAGGACAAGCGAAAGUGUGGACAAACCCUUAGAGAGCAAUCCUAUGUCGCUGGAACUAAUCCAUAGUAGUUUUUAAGUUCUCAUGACCUUGCCAUUUAUUUUUUUGUAUGACCUGCCUUAAUUAUAUGAAAAUUAAAUAUGAACACUGUCCUCUGCUUCAUAGUGUAAUUUUGAGGCAGUCGUCUGAAUGAGCUAGCCAGCUUAAUAUUGUUCUCGUACAAAAGGAGCUGAGCACACUGCAUUUCUCCUUCUCAUUUUCUUCCAUAGAAAGAUGUCUUCCUUGAUGAAAUCCAGGCGGCAAAGGAACCAUCCAGUUCUAAGGAGAAAACCUUUGAAAGACUCGCUGCCACAGAAAUAUGUCACAAAUAUCAAGACAAGCUUGCAGGUCACUUACCAGAAAUGACUGCUGUUUGGUUGGCCACUGCUUCCUGUGUUUGCCUGCGGAAAAAAAAUGCUAACAUGGCAGAGGUAAGUGUACUUCUCUUCUUCCACUUCCUGCUACAACAGCAAAGCUUUGCCCUGCAUUCUUAUAGCUUUGCAGCCGAGUAGUGCAGGUCUGUAUCUCUGCUAUUGUCCUGCAUCUGGCUAUUAUUUGGGGUAGGGGAGCUAGUUUGUGCAAAAUCAGCACACAGAACAGAUUCUUGAUUUAUUGGACGCCACGAGUACACACACUGGUCUUAGCUGCAAAGAGUGACAGGAAGAUAUAUAUCCCUAGACUUGAGGGACGUUUGUUUGUUUAUACCCUGCUCCUUAAUAAAAAGAUUCACGAGACCGCUUAUAGAAUAAUGAAAAUAUCCGUUGCGAUAAAGCCAUGAAACACGGCAACAGAUAAAACACUAAAGAUUUGUUUGAUCAGAAUGGAAACCAGAGUCUGCAAACAGACUCUUUUCUUCACUUUUUAUGCAUUUACUACAAUAAGCACCAUGGUGCUACACAAACAGUGACUUAGAUCAUUGUAGAAAAGGUGGAUGUAAGAUUGUCCAAGUUUUUUUCCAUAUAGUGGGCAGACCAUACAUCUCUAAAGGAUUGAGGCCAACAGGUGUAGGGCAGGGGGCCACCACCCUCACAGCAGUAGAUUCAGGCUGUCUUGCUGGUGAUGAGGUGACAGCAUAAUACUCCAAACUCAUUGCUAGAAUGCCAGCACUCAUAAUAUGUCUAUAAACCAUAUCCCUCUUCAUGAAUGGGGUGGGGAUGAGGGGUCACACAUGGAGUGGGUUGAGAUCGCAGCCCCUUGGCCUCACUUCUGACCCGCUGCUCCUAUGCCUCUGAUCUUUAUGAGUUUGUCUGGACAUCUGCAAGGGUCACCUACACACAUGCAGUUGGAGGCAUUUCACACAACUGGGGCUCCUGUGUGUUGGUGGGCAUCCCUUACUAUACAGUGGAUGUACGCUGGAGAUGAGGCCAGCAGGACAGGCAGUGUCAUGAGUGGAGGCAGCAGGCAAAGUUCCACUCCUUUCAUUUUCUUAGUACUUACCGUAUUUUUUGCUCUAUAAGACGCACCAGACCACAAGACGCACCUAGUUUUUGGAGGAGGAAAGCAAGAAAAAAAAUAAUUCUGAAUCUCAGAAGCCAGAACAGCAAGAGGGAUCGCUGCGCAGUGAAAGCAGCAAUCCCUCUUGCUGUUCUGGCUUCUGGGAUUGCUGCGCAGCCUGCAUUCGCUCCAUAAGACGCACACACAUUUCCCCUUACUUUUUAGGAGGGAAAAAGUGAGUCUUAUAGAGCAAAAAAUACGGUACUUUUUUACUUAAGUACUUACCUGUUUGCUUAAGAGUGUGUGUCCCUAAGUGUUGAAGGAAGCAGUUGCAUUCUUUCAGUGAGGAAAAUCUGAAUGAGCUGUUUUAACAUUGCUGUUAAAAAAACAGGUGCAUGAAAUAAUCGAAAUGGCAGAUCAUCAAAUACAGUGUCAGAAAAUGCCCGAGUGGAACAGAUACCAUGGACUCUCCAUGAAUACUCCAGAAGAAAACGAUGAGUCAGCCAGCCCCCUUCAUUUUGGUUUCUCAAAUGAAGCAAAUCCCGGGUCUUUGAACUGUGGAGAUUUGUUACCACCUUUGAUGAGCGCCAUGUCUCCUGAAACAUACUCUGGGCAGAUAUUACGGGUCCCUUGCGAGUCAGAUGAAUCAAGUAACUUUUCGUGGGACCCUACAGAUGCUGCUGCUGCCUGCCAGCCACCAAGCAACAACUCUCAAUAUCUAGAAAAUGUUUCUCCCACAAAGCCUCUGGCAAAUGAUUCAGAAUAUAGCAGUGUCUUCUCAACAAAAAAUAUGGACUCUAAUAAGGAGCCACUAGAAAUAACUGGUUCUUUAAAUAAAACAACUCCAUCAAAUACAAAUACGGAAAGCUCUGGUGCUGCCUGUUCUUCACAAGGUAACAAGGUAACUUUUAAAUAUUCUUUGAGGAAAAUUAGGAACAUUUAUGACGUAUAUAAUAACAGUAAUACAAAUAUUAUUAUUUCAUCAAUUUGCAUGGCAAGAUGAUCCCUGUCCUGAAAACCUGACAGUCUAAAAUUGGCCACAGGGCAGACAAGAGAAAGGUGAGAGAAGUGGAUGAAGGGUAAACAGGGGAGGAAUAUGCGGCUGUUUCAGAUGCUUAGGCGUAGUGAGAGUAUUUCAUUAAGGCUUGGGAACUAGAUAGUUGUGUCAAAGGCUUUAUGGAAAAAGUGGACUUAUAGGAAGGAUUUGAAAGAGUAAGAGAAGUGGUAUCAUGCAAGGGUUCUAGGAUAGUUCCAAGCACAUGGGGAAGCAAGUUCAAUUAAAACAAAAAUAGGCAACUUCAGAAUUAUACUGUGACCUGGACUGUUGGAGCUAAAUUAUGUGACAUGUAAUUAACACCAUUUUGGUAUCAUGUAGGAUGUGGUAGAUGGGUUUCAUGUUGUCAUCAUACUUCGCUUAUUCUGCAAUAGUUUCGAUUUUGUAGUGGCCCUCAGUUUUUUUAAAAAAAUGAAUCAACUCUUGGGGGAAAAUGGAUUCCUUAGCAGUAGUCUCUCCUGCUGUAUAACAUAAAAUCCCUGGGAUAGAUCAUCCAGGGAUUGGGCAAUUAGCUUAUUCAAAAUAACCUUUACCUCAGUAAUUAGUGAUUGUAUACAUUAUUUGUAAUGUCACUAUAUUACAUUGCUUAUUUGCGCUUUCUUUCAGCAGGGGUGAAAGAAAUAAAAAUCAACGAUAAAAAGAAAAAGAUGAUGGAACGAUUUUUAUUGUAUGAAGAAAAUAAGAUAAAUACUUGUGAACUCCUUGAAGAUUUGAUGUAACUAAAUCAUCAUCCAUGCAGUUUGCAGAAGAUUAAACUUUACUGGCAGUAGAAACAAAAGCACAGUGCAUUUUUUGAAGUUACAUUGGGUACCUAUACAAGAUAUAGGAUAGGAUGGGGAGAGCAUCAACUUGAGGUGAUUAGUGUCAAGAAGAUUAUAUUCACAGCUUUAUGGCUGUGAUUGAAAUGUAUUUUGGUAGACACAGCUCUCUUGAAACCAAAGGCUGCAGCCAAAGUGAAGCACAGAACAGAACAAGAGGGAAAAGCAUCCUUCUCUAGCCAUUGUAUAAACUGAAUUUUAUGGUACAUUUAUAGUGCUUGCCUGCACUAUGAAUAAAAUGCUUUGGGGGGGUCUUCUCUUGCUCAUGGUUUUAUCAUUGUCUUUUUAUUUUACACAAACCUCCUCUGACAUGGCAAGAGAAUUCUUCUUUACAACAUGAAGACUCAAGUUACUUGCUUAAGGAACUGCUAUGGUCAGAAUUCUAUUUGUAUUUAGAUUUUAUUUAUUCAUUUCUUACAUGUAUAUCCAAUUACUCAAGACAGCACACAUGUUUCUUCCCCUUUUAUCAUCACAUCUCUGCAAGUUAGGUUACAUUGAGGGAUGAUGACUGGCUCAAAGUCACCUCAGUGAACUUCAUAGACAAGGAGGUUUGAACAUAGGUUACCCCAGUGUGAUGCAAUAUACAGAACUGAUGUCGUGCUUUGCAUCCAAGCAGACAAAACUGGUUAGAGUUCUGAUUGCUCUAAAUUUAAAAUGCAUCUAUAGCAGCUAAAAUAAUAUACAUUUUGCAGGACUGUCUAGUUUGUACAUUCCUUAGAAAUAUAAUUCAGAAUACAGCAACUCACACUAACAAUGCAGUCCUAUGCAUGCUUAUUCAGAAGUAAGUUCUACUGAGUUCAAUAGGACAUAUUACCAGGUAAACCAAUAGGACAUAAUACCAGGUAUUAAUAUUGUAGCCCAAAUUUGGCAAAAUCCUGUGAAUGAGACAUAUUUCAAUACUAUAGAGAUUUAAGCAGUCCUAAAUCCAAGAUAUGCAGAUGACACAACCUUGAUGGCAGAAAGUGAGGAGGAAUUAAAGAACCUUUUAUUGAGGGUUAAAGAGGAGAGCGCAAAAUAUGGUCUGAAGCUCAACAUCAAAAAAACGAAGAUCAUGGCCACUGGGCCCAUCACCUCCUGGCAAAUAGAAGGCGAAAAAAUGGAGGCAGUAAGAGAUUUUACUUUCUUGGGCUCCAUGAUCACUGCAGAUGGUGACAGCAGUCACGAAAUUAAAAGACGCCUGCUUCUUGGGAGAAAAGCAAUGACAAACCUAGACAGCAUCUUAAAAGUAGAGACAUCACCUUGCCAACAAAGGUCCGUAUAGUAAAAGCUAUGGUUUUCCCAGUAGUGAUGUAUGGAAGUGAGAGCUGGACCAUAAAGAAGGCUGAUCGCCGAAGAAUUGAUGCUUUUGAAUUAUGGUGCUGGAGGAGACUCUUGAGAGUCCCAUGGACUGCAAGAAGAUCAAACGUAUCCAUUCUUAAGGAAAUCAGCCCUGAGUGCUCACUGGAAGGACAGAUCGUGAAGCUGAGGCUCCAAUACUUUGGCCACCUCAUGAGAAGAGAAGACUCCCUGGAAAAGACCCUGAUGUUGGGAAAGAUGGAGGGCACAAGGAGAAGGGGACGACAGAGGAUGAGAUGGUUGGAUGGUGUUCUUGAAGCUACCAGCAUGAGUUUGAUCAAACUGCGGGAGGCAGUGGAGGACAGAAGUGCCUGGCGUGCUCUGGUCCAUGGGGUCACGAAGAGUCGGACACGACUAAACGAUUAAACAACAACAAAAAAUCCAAGAUUACUCUAGCUGAUAGACUUGGUACUUCUGUUUCAUGUAGCAACAACCUUUUGCUUCUUCAGCAAAACUGCAUUAUUUACCUCCUAAUGGUAAGUGGUUCAAAGGGAUGGUUGUAUAGAAAAUAUUAAUGCUGUAUUGGUGAUUUUGGGGGUUUAAGUUUGCUAGUAAGCUAAUGGUAUUAUUAUAAAACUAUUUAUUCCCUGACAGUGUUUACCUUUUGAAGCUAUUAAUGAAUACUGUAUAUUGGAAAUAUUUUGUAGCAUAUUUUGUAUUUUAUGUAUUUUCAGAACUUUGAUAUUUUUUAAAAAACUAAGUUUUGAAGUAUAUUUGCAUCUAUUGUGUUCUAUCCUUUUUGGCAUUAAUAAUUUUGCUUGCUGGAGUUUUGGGGUUGCAGGGGGCAAGUCUUGCAGUGCAAUCUUAAGACUUGUGUACUGAAAAAUAAGUGUCAUUAAGUUCAGUGGGGCUUACAUCUAAGUAAAUUUGUAUAAGCUUCCUGUCUGAAGCAUCCAAAGAGAUGACAGAAAUAGAUUAUUAUGCAGUUCCAUGGCUUUAUUGAAUAGCUAUAUUUCCCCCCCUUUGAGCUCCAUAACUCAUCAUUGCAAUAUACUUUUCAGGUUCAUUGCUCCAAAUGCUUAAAACAAAUUAUACAUUUGAAAUAAAUUAUUGAAAAAGGCUGUUUUGUGAAUGUGGUCCUUUUAAUGGUCUACGGUGUUCUGUCUCCAUAUAAAUUCUUUCUCUAGUUACAGUGGUGCCUCGCAAGACGAAAUUAAUCCGUUCCGCGAGUCUCUUCGUCUUGCGAUUUUUUCGUCUUGCGAAGCACGGCUAUUAGCGGCUUAGCGGCUAAGCUAUUAAUGGCUUAGCGGCUUAAAGAAAAAGGAAACAAACUUGCAAGAACUCGCAAGACGUUUCGUCUUGCGAAGCAAGCCCAUAGGGAAAUUCGUCUUGCGGAAUGACUCAAAAAACGGAAAACUCUUUCGUCUUGUGCAUUUUUCGUCUUGCAAGGCAUUCGUCUUGCAGGGCACCACUGUAUAUGUGCCACUGUUUAUGGUACUGAACAUAAAUUUGUUUUGUUUAUAAUAGCCUGCGCUACAUCUAUCGGGACCCCUAGCGGGUUGCAGCACACAAUCCCAUAAAGUACAAUGCAGUACACAGUAAAACUCAACAGUAACAUUUCAAAAACCAUCUUCACAUUUCAAGCAGUUAAAAAGGUCAGAAUUCCACAAUGCUGGUAAAUCAAGUGUGGGCCAUAUAUAGCUAUCACUAGGGGAAAGUGCCUUGCAUUUUCAUACUCCACACUGUAGGGCCCUAGCAAGAUGGUUCAAUUAUCUGAGUGUGUCUCUACAGAUGGAGUUGCUUGGAUCCCAAUUAUUUGCUCUCAGCACGUGACUAGGGCCCCAGUGGUCAUCUCCAGUUGCAUAGAAAUGUCUGAAUACCACAACCGGCCACAAUUCCCCACGGAACUGGGCGUUUUGGAGAGGACGGCCUCUCUCUGCGGGGUCUUCGCCGGCCAGCGACGAGAACGGAGCCUGCGUCCGGCGCAGCUCCAUACACGCCCAAGCUUAACCGGCUGCCGAACAGGUUGCGCAAGCGCGCUUCUCCGCACCCGCCAAGUUCGCUUCCUCUUCCCGUUCUACUGCCCUUCGCUUCAGUCACGCGGACCCCUGCUCCCGGCCACGCGCCCGCCCCCUGACCCUCCUCUCACCCAAUCAGAAGGCGAGCCUGUCCAACAGCUUUCCCCCCCUCCCCUCUCCGCUUCUCCCGGCGUUCGGUUGCCGCCCCUGAGCUUUGUGAAGAACAGGGCGGCUGCGAGCGAGAGGAGGGGCGCGCGGUACUGUACUGAGCGACGAGAGCGGGGCCCGGGGCGGGGGCGGGGGGUGGGAGAGGAGAGGGAGACGCCGCCCGGCCUUGUAACUGCCAACCGCCCUAGUUUGAAAAGUGGAAGCCGCGCGUGGGGCAAUGUUCCCCCAAGGGGGGGGCGGUUGACGCGGAGAGGAAAAGAAGGCGGCUUCGUCUCCGAAGGGGCGGGCCCCCCCGGUGAAGGCAGCCAAUGGCUGCCGGCGCUUGGCAAGGAGGGAGGCCGCUUGCAGCCCCUGAGGAAAUGUCUUCCUGGUCUCUCUGCCUCUACUCCUUCCAGGAGUUAGGCGGGUUGUGGCUCCGCGGUCAACUGCCCCGCCCGCCCCGCAUUCCUGCUUCCCACUCAAGGCAGGCUGGGAGCUCCGGCCUCUUUUCCUCUGUGCCUCCUUUAUGGGUGUUGAAGGAGGGAGGAUAGAAAGAGGCGCCCUGGCGAGUUGCUGGUGACAUGGGUGGAUCAGGGCCUUGAUAAGCACAGGUACCUGAGUUCUGUGGGCACUAGCCUGGGAAACUAGCUUGAGAAACUGUGGUGGAAGUGGGGGAGCAUGGCUGUCUGUUCUCCAGUCUUCUUUGCAUACAUACACACAAGUUCAUACUUUAAAAGGACAUGUUUCUUACGCAUUGCUGUUCUCACACGUUACAGAAGUGUGUUACAGAAAUGCGGCGCAAGCUUGGGCAGCGUGUAUGUGUUAAAAACUCUGGCUUUUCUCUCUUUUCAUGCUCAGAUAAUCCAGCCUCAAUGCAGCCAAACAGGAGGCGUAAAAUAG